ACCUUUUGCAUGCAUCCAACUAUAAAAUACCUACCAAAUCUCCCUCUUCAUUCACCAAAUCCAACAUCAACGAACGAUUAACUUCUUCCGUCCACAACUGCUCAACUCAGUCCACCAUUCUUCUAAGAUUCAGUUUCUCUCUAAUGGCAACCACCAUGACCUCAAACAAGCUCAAUCUCUAUCUUCUUCCUUUGAUCAUUGCAUCAUUAGCUACAGCAAACCUAGUUUCCGCAACCGUUUUUACGCUGCAAAACCGAUGCCCCUACACAGUCUGGCCCGGCACACUCUCCGGAAACGGCGCCGCAGUUCUCGGCGAAGGCGGUUUCGCCAUGUUCCCCGGUGCAUUAGUCCAGCUCACAGCCCCGGCCGGCUGGUCCGGCCGCUUCUGGGCCAGAACCGGCUGCAACUUCGACGAAGCCGGUAACGGAAACUGCCUCACCGGAGACUGCGGCUUGCUAAAAUGCACCGGCGGCGGCGCACCUCCCGUCACCUUGGCUGAGUUCACCAUCGGAUCGAGCGUAACCGACAAGGACUUCUAUGACGUCAGCCUCGUCGACGGUUACAACGUCGGCAUGGGGCUGAGGGCCACCGGAGGAGACGGCGACUGCCAGUACGCGGGGUGCGUGACGGACUUGAACGCCAACUGCCCGCCCGAGUUGCGGGUCACGGAUUCGGGUUCGGGUGUUGUGGUGGCUUGUAAGAGCGCGUGCGAGGCGUUCAACGCGCCGGAGUUUUGCUGCACCGGCGACCACGCCACCCCGCAGACUUGCUCUCCGACUCAGUACUCCGCCAUGUUCAAGAGUGCGUGUCCUGCGGCGUAUAGCUACGCUUAUGAUGAUGCUUCAAGCACCUGUACCUGUACCGGGUCGGAUUACUUGAUCACAUUUUGCCCCACCGGGUCAUCGUGAGCUAAGGAGGAGGACGAAUAAUUAAUUACUUGGGAUUUAUUAACUUUACGUAAUGAUUUGAUUAAUUAGUUAGUUGACGUACGUAAUUUGUUGUGAUGCUGUAAUCAAUAUAUGAUUCGUUUCAUUAUGAUUCA